GGCGGGGCCGGCGCCUACCCACAGGACUCCAACCCGGAACUAAUCUGGUCUCCCUCGGGAAGGCCGCGCGGCCCCUGGCCAGGAGCGGGAAACUGACCCGUCAGUGCGGGCCCCGGGGUCCAAGCUUUGGACAAGGAACGUCCUCGUUUUCGGAGACACCAGACCAGGCGCCCGCCUCGGCUGGAGCUUGGAUGGUCUGGAAACUACAGGCGCCCUCGCCCUGGUUGGACCAUGGCGCCCCCGCGAAACGUGGUGAAGAUCGCGGUCCAGAUGCCUGACGCCAUCCCGCAGCUUAUCCGGCUGGACCAGGCAAAGCCUCUGGCCGCUGUGCUGAAGGAGGUGUGCGACGCGUGGAGCCUGGAUCACUCGGAAUGCUACGCUCUGCAGUUUGCUGAUGGGCACAGGAGAUACAUCACUGAGAACAACCGCGCAGAGAUCAAGAAUGGCAGCAUCCUGUGCCUCAGCACUGCCCCAGACCUUGAGGCUGAGCGGCUUUUGCAUGGGCUGCAGAAUGGGAGUCGUGAAAGGCGCCGCGAAACUCUGCACCACCUCGUCUUGCUGGCCCCAGAUGUGACCUUUGCCCAGGAGGUUAUCAGCCGUGAUGGGCUCCAGAGGCUAGGCACCAUCAUUGAGGAUGGGGAUGACUUAGGAGAGGUGCUGACCCUUGCACUGAGGGCCUUCUUGGAGCUCAUGGAACACGGCAUGGUGUCCUGGGAGACACUCAGCAUCCCCUUUGUUAGGAAGGUGGUGUGCUACGUGAACAUGAACCUGAUGGAUGCAUCUGUGCAGCCCCUGGCCCUCAGGCUGCUAGAGAGUGUGACCUUGAGCAGCCCUGCCCUGGGCCAGCUCGUCAAGAGUGAGGUGCCACUGGAUAGGCUGCUGGUACAUCUACAGGUGAUGAACCAGCAGCUACAAACCAAGGCGAUGGCAUUGCUGACAGCCUUGCUGCAGGGGGCCAGCCCUACUGAACGUAAGCACAUGCUUGACUACCUGUGGCAGAGAAACCUUCGCCAGUUCAUCUAUAAGAACAUCAUCCACAGUGCGACACCAUUGGGCGACGAGAUGGCUCACCAUUUGUAUGUACUGCAGGCCCUUACUUUGGGGCUGCUGGAGCCACGCAUGAGGACACCACUGGACCCCUAUAGCCAGGAACAGCGGGAGCAGCUGCAGGCCCUGCGUCAGGCUGCCUUCCAGUCGGAGGGGGAGUCUCUGGGCAGCGGGCUUAGUGCUGACCGUCGCCGUUCCCUGUGUGCCCGCGAGUUCCGAAAACUGGGCUUUUCCAACAGCAACCCCGCACAGGAUCUAGAGCGUGUGCCCCCCGGCCUGCUGGCGCUGGACAACAUGCUCUACUUCUCCAGACACGCACCCAGCGCCUACAGCCGGUUUGUGCUGGAAAACAGCAGCCGUGAGGACAAGCACGAGUGCCCCUUUGCCCGGAGCAGCAUCCAGCUCACUGUGUUGCUGUGUGAGCUGCUUCGUGUUGGGGAGCCCUGCUCCGAAACUGCCCAGGACUUUUCGCCCAUGUUCUUCAGCCAAGACCAGAGUUUUCAUGAGCUCUUCUGUGUGAGCAUCCAGCUGCUGAAUAAGACCUGGAAGGAGAUGCGAGCCACCCAGGAGGACUUUGACAAGGUUAUGCAGGUGGUGCGGGAGCAGCUGGCCCGCACGCUGGCCCUGAAGCCCAGCUCCCUGGAGCUUUUCCGAACCAAGGUGAAUGCGCUUCCCUAUGGGGAGGUGCUGCGGCUGAGGCAGACAGAGCGGCUGCAUCAGGAGGGCACGCUGGCCCCGCCCAUACUGGAGCUACGGGAGAAGCUGAAGCCAGAGCUCAUGGGCCUGAUCCGCCAGCAGCGUUUGCUCCGCCUCUGUGAGGGGACACUCUUCCGCAAAAUCAGCAGCCGGAGGCGCCAGGACAAGCUGUGGUUCUGCUGCCUGUCCCCCAACCACAAGGUGCUACAGUACGGGGACAUGGAGGAGGGCGCCAGCCCACCCACCCUGGACAGUCUGCCUGAGCAGCUCCCUGUGGCUGAUAUCAAGGCACUGCUAACAGGCAAAGACUGCCCCCACGUCCGGGAGAAGGGUUCAGGGAAGCAGAACAAGGACCUCUGUGAGUUAGCCUUCUCCAUCAGCUAUGACCAUGGGGAGGCAGAGGCGUACCUCAACUUCAUUGCCCCAUCCAAACGGGAGUUCCACCUGUGGACAGAUGGGCUGAGUGCCCUGCUAGGCAGUCCCAUGGGCAGUGAGCAGACUCGGCUGGACCUGGAGCAGCUGCUGACGAUGGAGACCAAGCUGCGGUUGUUGGAGCUGGAGAAUGUGCCUAUUCCCGAGCAGCCUCCUCCCAUCCCCCCGCCCCCCACCAAUUUCAACUUCUGCUAUGACUGCAGCAUCGCUGAACCUUGACAGUGAGGUUGGCUGUGUGCCUCAGCUGCUGGCAUUGGUGGUGGUGAAGGGUGGGGGGUGGAAAAGCCCUGACACCCUGACCAGCAGAGGUUGCAGCAGAAAUAAAGUCUGCUUGACUCCUGGG